GCCAGCCCCCGCCUGCCGCGCUCCCGCCUGCCGCCAGCCCUCCCCGUGACUCGCUUCCUCCGGCCGACGGGAACUGGGAGGAGUGAGCGGCCCCGGGCUACCGCCCUCACCUCACCAGCGGAGGCAACCAGCUAGCUCGUUAGCUGCCGUCGUGCUCCGCUGCCCGCGGAGAGCCACGGCCGCCCCCGCGGGGAGGGACGCCGCCGAGCCCCGCCGCCGGGGCGUGCCAGCGGGCGUCCGCCGCCGCGCACCCGGUUCCCAGCUCCCGGCCGCGUCAAGAUGCCCGCCGUCGAUAAACUCCUCCUGGAAGAGGCUUUGCAGGACAGCCCGCAGACUCGGUCUCUGCUCAGUGUGUUUGAAGAAGAUGCAGGAACCCUUACAGAUUACACAAACCAGUUGCUUCAGGCAAUGCAGCGAGUCUAUGGUGCUCAGAACGAAAUGUGUCUUGCCACACAGCAGCUUUCAAAGCAGCUCCUUGCCUAUGAAAAACAGCAUUUUGCCUUAGGUAAAGGAGAUGAAGAAGUGAUAUCAACCCUCCAUUACUUUUCAAAAGUCGUGGAUGAGCUCAAUAUUCUUCAUUCUGAACUGGCGAAACAGCUCGCGGACACAAUGGUACUACCAAUAAUACAGUUUCGGGAAAAAGAUCUCACAGAAGUAAGCACACUGAAGGAUCUUUUUGGCCUUGCUAGCAAUGAACAUGACGUGUCCAUGGCAAAGUAUAGCAGGUUACCGAAAAGGAAAGAAAAUGAAAAGCUUAAGGCAGAAGUGGCAAAAGAAGUGGCAAAUGCAAGAAGAAAGCAGCACCUUUCAUCUCUGCAAUAUUAUUGUGCCCUGAAUGCUCUGCAGUACAGGAAGAGAGUGGCAAUGAUGGAACCUAUGCUCGGAUAUACACGAGGACAGAUCAAUUUUUUUAAGAAAGGAGCAGAGAUGUUUUCCAAAAGAAUGGACAACUUUUUAUCGUCAGUUUCAGGCAUGGUUCAAAGCAUUCAGGGAGAGCUGGACGCUGAAGCUGAAAAAAUGAGGAUAUCCCAACAGGACUUAACUGCAGUUAAUGAAUCUGUUUACACUCCAGAUUCUGAUGUAACUUCACCUACUAUCAAUAGAAAUCUCAUCCAGAAGGCUGGCUACCUUAAUCUUAGAAAUAAAACUGGUCUGGUGACUACAACUUGGGAAAGACUGUAUUUCUUCACUCAAGGUGGCAACUUGAUGUGUCAACCAAGGGGAGCGGUAGCUGGAGGAUUGAUUCAGGACCUGGACAACUGCUCUGUUAUGGCUGUAGACUGUGAAGACAGAAGAUACUGCUUUCAGAUCACUACUCCUACAGGCAAAACGGGUAUAACCCUUCAAGCAGAAAGCAAGAAAGAAUAUGAGGAGUGGAUAUGUGCCAUCAACAACAUCUCCAGACAGAUUUAUCUCACUGACAAUCCAGAGGCAGCUGCAAUCAAGUUAAAUCAGACAGCCCUACAAGCAGUAACUCCAAUUACCAGCCUUGGGAAAAAACAAGAAGUUCACCAACCCAGCCAGAAUGUAAAGAAUAUGGAAAAUAAUAAAAUAAAUCCCAGGGAAUCAGCCAGCGUUCAAGACUCCGCACAGCUCAUUGCUCCCGGAACACCGAUUCAAUUUGACAUCGUACUGCCUGCCACAGAAUUCCUGGACCAGAACAGAGGUGGCAGGCGUGCAAACCCAUUUGGGGAAACCGAAGACAGCAGCAAGGAUGAGGAGGAAGAUUCCCUCUUGCAGCAGAUGUUCAUCGUUCGGUUUUUAGGGUCUAUGGCUGUUCAGACUGAUCACACAAGUGAGGUGAUUUAUGAAGCUAUGAGACAGGUGUUAGCUGCUCGUGCCAUUCACAACAUAUUUCGUAUGACAGAAUCUCAUCUCAUGGUCACCAGCAAGAACUUGAGGUUAAUAGAUCCUCAAACCCAAGUCACAAGAACAAGUUUUGAACUUGCCACUGUGACACAGUUUGCUGCUCAUCAGGAUAACAGGCGACUCAUUGGCUUUGUGGUCCAUCUCAGUGAAGCCCCAGGAGAAGAUUCCAUGAGUGCCUAUGUAUUUGAGAGCAACACAGAAGGGGAAAAGAUUUGCUAUGCCAUUAGCCUGGGAAAAGAAAUCCUUGAGGCAAGGAAGGACCCAGAAGCAUUGGCCCAGCUAAUGAAGUCUGUGCCAUUCACAAGCGAUGGAAAGUUCGUGCUGCUGAAUGAUCAGUCGGAAGAGGAUGGAACUGUACGUGAAGAGGGGGAGGAGUCAGAAGCAUAAAACCUGAGGCUGUGCAGGAGCAAGAGGGCAUCGUUUUGCAGCGAAUCUCUGGUUUUCUGUCACCUGCACACACAGGAGGCCAGAUCCUCAGCCUGCCAGAGCACACGGGCUCACCUUGCAGUGGCGUUUCCUCCAUUUACAAUGGAACAACAGUGGGACAUGGCCUCCAAGGCUUUCUGCAUUUGUGAAUGUUAGGAUAUUGGAGUGUCUGGGACAAUGACAAUCUUUGGGAAUGUUUCAGGGUUAGUCCCUUGCUAAGAGGUAGCUUGGACAGCACAGCUGUCAGCCACAAAGGGUUAAUGUCAUUUCUUCAGAUUUACAUGGUGAGCAGCCUACAGUUCCACUGAAAUUAGUGCAAGCUGUAAGCUCCUUUGACAAAGAUCAGGCCUCGGAUUUCCUACCGUAGUCAGUUUUCAUACUUUGCAUGAUUAUGUGCAUCUGAAUGAAGGUUAAAAAAUGCACUAUUUACUUUAUUUUCAGAUGAAGUUAUUUUUUAGUCUAGAUUAAGUAUAACAAGAUUUCUCUCUUUGUGCUAGCCUAUUUACAGAACAAUUUCUUAAACACUACCUUUUUCCUAUUAAUAUAAUCUAUUUUUAUAUUUCAUCUAGAGUAAGAUUAGAAAACAAAGCCAAGUGCCUACUCUUAACCUUUCUGGGGACCACACUCACAGGUUCUGUAAUUAAAUAAUGGACAUAAUGUACCUCCUUGAUUUAUUCUACAUACCACUGAUGUGCAAACGUCAGAAGUGGUCACAUGUGGCAUGUCUUGUGUGCAGUUUUCUGGGGGUAGAUUUCUUACAGGUUAAGGUGCAAGAGUGAUAGAUGUAGAACAGAGAAGCACUUCUAUAAUAAGGACUCUUUGUAUUUUUAACUUCACAGUGACAUACAACAGCUGAGUCUACCAGUAAUCAUUGGUUUUAAGAAGCUGAGCAAUAAAAUGCUAGAUUUUAAGUCUACAAUUAUUGACAAGUCUCAUAGUACCUUCCUGAAACUGGACACUGCAUAGAUUUGGCUAAUCAGUGUAGAUUUUUUUUUUCCUUGUCCAAUUUAACCUGAAAACAUGAAAAGUGUACUCUGCAAGAACAAAAAUAAAUGGCAGUUAGGUAGGGGGCAGGGGGUAAAGUGGUAUAAUUGUGGCAUUAGUUUGUAUUUAUCAAGAUAAGGUGACUGGAACAAAAGGUUUAAAUAAUUUCACUUUUCUCAAUCACUUACUAGGAAUCUUGAUUUUCCAUAAGCAGAAUCUGCUACAGCAGCUGAAAGAUCCCAGUUUGCAAGGGUUUGAAGUGGCAUAAGUUCAGGUUAGCUCGCUGGUGAAUGUUUAAGAGCCAUGGAAGAAAAGUGUUAGUAACUGACUCAAGAACUUCACACAAAUAAAAGCUGAAGUUGUCUCAUUAAAAAAUUGAUAUCUGCUGAACUGAUGUUAUUGAAUACACUAAGAAUGAGGUUCUCAAAAUUGCAUUUAUUAACACAGUUUUAUGUACACAAUGUUCUCUACUCACAAACCAGAGACUGAGGUAACAAAAUACCCUUUUGUACAGUGAGUUAAGGAAACAUAAGCAUUACAUUUGGUCCUUUGUACCUGAGAAGCUGAAGACAGCUGUUGUUGAUGGACACCAGAUGAAAACUCAAAUUUAAUUCUGAUUACAAACCACAGUAGGACCUUCAGCACCAGCAGUUUACUUCCCAGUGAAACAGAGACCAUUCUGGUGGUGUCACUAGUCAAGGCAAAUGCCUCUGAGUUGGGCAUCAGCUGUGUUCUGCUCCCUCUAACAGGGGGUUGCAAGGAGGUAGGGCAGGGGAAGAAACUGGCCUGGAGCCUGUUCUGCCCCUGUUUUGAAGGAAAAAACCCUAGAGGGCUCAUGUCCCUGCCCCAAAGUCAUCAUCCUUGCUUUCGUUUUUACUAGCUCUACGAUUUUGAGUCAGCACAUUUGGUUUAGUUUGGGAUUUUGUUUUAGUUCCAUUGUCUCCAAACAACUAAUUAGGGUCCAUUUUGUUCCUAUAAUCAGAAGAGGAAGGCAAAGGCAAUGAAAACAGUAGUAGCACCACAGCAAGCGUUCUGCACCCCUUCCAGAUCCUUCAGGGGCUGGAGGGGAGGGGUGGAAAAGGGAUUUGAUGCAACUUGCACUGACAAGGGAUAUGUGACACCACAUCCAGGACCCACUCUGCACCUCUGAUGAGAAAAGCUUCCUGUGGGUAUAGACUGCUACACGGCAAAAAGAAGAAGGAAAUACACACUACAAUCCUGUAUUAGCAAGAGUAGCUCUAUUAUCACGGUAUAGACUUGGGUCUUGUAUAUAUUUCUAUAUAGCAUACAUUCAGAGCUCCCACAUUAAAUAGGGCUCUACAAAAAUAGUUUUAAUGUCUUUCCUGUGGAAUUUCCAUUACCAGAACCCUAUGAAUUUGUUGCCCACCACAUAAUCAAGAAAAUACAUAGUUCAGUUUAUGUUCAGCUGCAAAGCAUUGCCCGUCUCAGACAGUGUCCUUCCAAAAAAACCCAGAAACACCAAAGCAGGAAGAUAUAAGUGCAGAUUUUCUUAGGGCACAGGUAACGUCCUUACUGCACACAGCUAUUCUAAGCACCUCUAUCCCAGGGGAAGCAAACACCAUCUGUACAUGCUGGGGAAGAAAGAAAGAAAGUUCUUGGCUUGGGGUGGCCAAGCGCUGAAGUUAAUUCAGAUGAGAUAAGAGUAUGGAAAUAGGUGCACUGCAAUUACACCAGCACAGAAAUGAGCAGCAUAACAAGAAGGCUGAUCCCAGCAGCACUACCGAAAGGGUUCAGUGUGGGCACAAGUUGGUCCAAAAAAAAAAGUGUACACAAAUUACAAAAAGAAAAAGAAAAGGCAAAAAUAUAAAUCAAGUAAUGCAGCAUUCUUUAGGGCACUCUCUGCAAUUAUAAUGAAUUAAAAGCUUUAGUGAGCCCAGCUGAUCUAAACAGUCCAUGAAGUUUCUGUGCCAUGUUUUCAGAACCAACAAAAGGACUUUCAUAUCAGGCUGGUCUUUCCAGUUGCAAUAAAAGAUGUUCCAGCUUUAUGAAUGCUGAAGUGACUGGCAGGAAAGGGCAAAUCCAGAGUACAUCAGGAACUGUCUUAAGCAGCAACCCAAGGGUGGGCAGAACACUCUGAACCAUUACAAUGUUGCCCUUUUGCAAUUAGAAGAGAUGAAAGAGGCCAGCAAGUAUGGUCUAAAAAUACAGUUAAGAGUGCCAGGAAGCCCCCCCACAAAGUAAUUCUCAGCUGGACUGGAGUAGUUUAUUCUCAUUAGUAAGACUUAGAAGUGUUUUAUGUUCUAGAAGGUUAAAACACGACUAUAUCUUUUAAUGAUAAUGGUGUUAACUUUUAAGUCUAGAUACUUAGGUUAGGGAUCUGAGUAACUCUUGCACAAUCUAGAACCUCUACUUGCAGGCAUUAACAGAUGUUACAUUUUUACAGAGUUCUCACAGUGUUCAGCAGCUUCUGAAGCCUGCAGUGCAAUUAUUGUUAAUAACCAGGCAUAUAAGACUAUGAACAACACAUAUGGUACAACAGACUUACAAAGGCUAGGAAACACAGAACUGAGGCUGAAACUUGCCAUUAGGCACAACAUAUCUGUGAACUGUAAGAUCACUUGAUAGUUACAGACACCCAUCACACAGUGUCUGGUCAUAAAAGGAAGAGCUGAUUGUGGUUCUGUCUUGGCUCUGGAUUUCCUUACUUCUGUGGAGGCAAAUCAGACCUUCGGUAUGAAAUGAGAAGUAAUUUAUUAUGUUAACUUCCCUUGGUUUCCCACUAUCUGAUAUGGGGAGAGGGGAGACACAGCAUGGGGAAAUAAAUGCCUGAUAGUAUUUGCUCUGUGGGAACUUAGGAUCCUAUCUCUAGUGAUAAUAAAGAUUUAUGAAAUAAAA